UCUCUCUCUCUGAGUGUCUCCCUCUCUCUCUCUCUCUCUUUUCUUGUUGUGUAAUUUUCUCUCUCUCCCUCCUCUUCUUCUCCUUGUGCGUUAUAUCGCUUUAUUUCUACCGGCCGACCCGUCAAGCAUGCAGGUGUCUCUGGCCCUCCUCGUCUCCAGCUCUGCGCUCCUGGUGCUCCAGGGAUGCUGCACCGCUGUGAAGGGAUGGAAGGUACUUAAAAAUGAUGGCACGGAGAUUUUACCGGAGUACACAGAAAACAGUCGGACGCCCCAGGAGGCAGUACUACAAACGUCAAACGGCAACAGCAACAACAAUAACAACAACAACAACAAUAACAACAACACUAUGAACAACAGGGCGAAGAACGGUGGAAGAGCUGCCAACACAGUUUCCUACAGUGCCUCGGAGCUGAGCUGUAGGGAGCUGCGUUCCACCCGUUACAUCACCGACGGAUCUUGCCGCAGUGCCAAGCCUGUCAAGGAGCUGGUGUGUUCGGGCCAGUGCUUGCCCUCGCACCUCAUGCCAAACUCUAUCGUCCGCGGGAAGUGGUGGAGGAGCAGCGCAUCGGACUACCGCUGCAUCCCGGCUCACUCCAGGACACGGAGGGUCCAGCUGCAGUGUCCUAACGGCAACACCCGGACUUACAAAAUCCGUGUGGUCACCUCCUGCAAGUGCAAGCGCUUCAGGCCCCACCACAACCAAUCAGUGCCGAAAGAGGUGCCCAAGCCGCAGCGCAACAAGAAACACAGUCGUUUGUCUCAAGAUCGGAGCAAGAACAACACGCCGUUGACUGGCAACUCGUAUUGAUGCUGCUCCUCAGCAUCCAAGGACAGAGACCAAAGCGCACUCAUACACACGCACAUGUAACACAAACACACCAACCAACAUUUCUCCUUCAGAUAGCGAGGAGAUGCAAGAGAAAUUUCUACGAGAGCAAAUUCAUAAGCUAAUUGCUGGGCUGAUUUUUUUUUUAAGUGAUCAGUCUCUUUUAUUUUCAGCCACUCGUCAGCAUAUUUGUGAACUUUGCUUAUUUGCAUGACAAACCAUCAAUGUGCCAGGGCUUGCCAACAACGACUGUGACUGGUCAGGAGAUGUAGCAAUAUGUUGGAUAAUAUGAAACAAGUAUCUGAUCACCCAAACAGCUAUAACCCUCCCUGUGCUCGGUUCUUUCUUCCACUCUGACAUACAGUAAACAGAUUUUAAGCAUAAUGAGAAGUCCUUCCUGAGGCUUCAAGCCCACCUGUACAAACAUCCAGCGGAUGCAGAGCUGCACCGCACCACAGCUCCGUUUAAAGCUGAAAAGGUGUAUCUCAGCUCCAAAGUGGUUGUAAUCCAUCUCCUUUUGGCUGUGCGUAGAGGAGAGAUGGUGGCAGCUCUGCGGCCUCUGACGGUGGGAUGUUGACAGGUUCUGAGAGGCCCUGGGCUGCACAGCGGUCCAGGCAGCCUCUCUGACAGCCCACCAAAGGCCACAGUCAUCAAGACAAAACCUUACAGCACUCUCCAAGUUGCAGCAGCCCCAAAACAGGCCUGUGAGUUACAGUAGCACCUUUCCCACGGCAUGAUACAGAAAGUCAGGAGAGACAAGAGAAAAGAGGAAGGAGAGAGAGAAAGCGGUUUUGUCAGCACUAACACCACGGGGGCACUGGGCAUUCCUGUGACUCCUCUUAAUUACUAAAUGAGCCCAUUCCUGUGUUAGGAUUUGAGUCAUAAAAAGCCAUUUCCUCUAGACAUAGCCAGUUCCUGUUUGCUGGAAUCACACACCAAAAAGUGCACAUGUGUGUAGGAGGCUUCAGAAAAUUGUGCGGGGUUGUGUUGUUACCUAGAGGCAGAGCGUUUUCCAGCACGCCCACAGCCGGAAUUCUUUUGUAACGGGCCAAAUAGAGCAGCGAUCAACCAUCCACAGCCAAAAAUUUUUUUUUUUUUUUUUUUGGUCGCCUGCAGGAUUCAAGAUACCUCCACUCCUUUCUGCUCCCAUUCUGUAAAUAGCUCAGACAGGAAAGAUAGGAAUUAAAAAUAGCACGAUGAAGACAAUAUUUCAGUUUUUUAUCAUUGUAUUGACUGCUAAAAUCCGGCAGGAAGAGGAAGUGGCGAUACCCAGCCUGUCAACAUAACCUCCUUCCUCAAGCCAUGCCUCAGAUAGGACUGUACUUCAUGAAGAAUACUCACCAUGUUUCCGCAUAUUGUGUUUACCGCUCAUAUUGCUUUCCUGAUUUCCUAAACUGUACUGACAAUGUUUGCUUCUUUUUCGGAUUGUAUGUUUGAAUUAGCAACUGGAAGGGGGUUUGUCGCAUAAGCUCGAGAGCUGCGAUGCAUAACGUGAUUGUACAUAUCAUACCUGUGUGGUCUAAUGCAGUGGUGCCCUCACUUGUAACGAGGUGUUAUACAUAAAAGAGAAGGAGGGAGGGAGGGAGGGAGGGCUGUUUUCUACAGACACAAAGAAGGACUGUUAUAAAGAAUGAACUGCAUAUUUAUUUUUUAUUUCCACAUUUAAAUUAUUUAUGCAACCUUUUGUAGUAAAUGAUAGCCAUUAUUGUCAUAUAGUAUGAUAGAGACUUUGGAAAUGAAAUACUGUACAGUACAUGAAUAAAGUAAAGUCAGAUAUAUUUGAAAAAAAACAAA